UUUCUUCCCAUCCUCUCUUCAAGCAUCCCAAUUCUCAAACUUACAUCUUUUUCUCUGUCUCUCUGCAAUACAAUCAGAAUUUAGAAGAAACUCAAAUGGAGAGCUCGAUUCAUGGCCUGCCCCUUCUAAAAAGAUUCAAACUUCUGCAACAACAAGAAGAUGAGAGCACGCACUCAUCAUCACGCCUUCCAGCGAAGAAGAGAAAAGAUUCAUGGGAUCCUCCCAUUCUACCCUCUAAUACUGUUUCUUGUUGCUUACCUGCAAAAAAGAGGGUUUGGGCUCUUCAACCUCUCAGCCCACAAAAGUUCAGUUCGCCUUUUGAUCUCAAUGUCGAAUAUAAGCCAUCUCCCGAGAAGAAACAAUCCACAGUCGUUGCGGAAUCUGAAGAAAAUGCAGCAAAAGAUGAUAACCAAGAUACAUACGAGGGCACCCAUGAAGAAGAAGAAGAAGAUGGGAUUGUGUGCGACAUUUGCCUGAGCACCGACGGAGACCCUUCAGAUCCAAUCGUCUUGUGUGAUGGUUGCGAUCUUAUGGUCCACGCUACCUGCUAUGGAAAGCCCCUCAUUCAGGGUAUCCCAGAAGGGGAGUGGUUCUGUGCCAAGUGCGAAAUUUCUUCGCCUUCUCAAAAGCUUGUAGCUGAUGAGAAAAAUGCCGAUUACUGUUGCUGUCUUUGUCCCAUUAAAAGAGGAGCCAUGAAACCCACAACAGAUGGGCGGUGGGCUCAUAUCAUAUGUGCGCUUCUAGUGCCUGAGGUAUUCUUUAAGGACCCAGAAGGAAGGGAUGGCAUUGAUUGUUCACGGGUUCCUCGUAGGAGAUGGAAAGGGAUAUGCUAUCUUUGUCACUCUGCAAGUGGAUGUGUUAUUGAAUGCUCUGAGCCCAAAUGCCCAUUGGCCUUCCACGUUAGUUGCGGGUUAAAAGAGGAUCUAUGUAUUGAGUACAGAGAAGGGAAGAGCGCAAGUGCCAUUGUCGCUGGGUUCUGCAAAAAUCACACUGUGCUGUGGAAGAAGCAACAAAAGAGUGGAAAGUUCAAGAUUGUAGCUAGGGAGCAGCAAAGGAAAUAAGAUUGAUAGAGAUGCGAGUGCCUGCGGAUUCAUAGAUCUCAGAUCCCAACAUGAGUUCAAGUAGAUCUAGCUAUCGACUGUUGGUAGAUGGAAGCUAUGUAAUCAUUAACUGACUAAUUUACUAGUUUAGUUUAUACUUGGCCACGGAUGCUGAUAUGA